AUGACAUUGUCGGCGGCUGAAGAAGGUGGAGCAGAGGCCCACGGUCCAGAACUGAGCAAGGCGGCAUACUGGGUGAUUUUUGUGCUGAACUUGUUGGUGAUGAUGCACCUGGGCAAGGCAGCCGGCAGGGCACUGGAGGAACUGGUCCCCAAAUUUGGGAUGCGGGUCGUCAGUGUGUUUGAUGCCUUGACCAGCAGCACAGUCGAGCUCGCUGUUGCUAGCUUUGCCCUCCGCAAGGGGCUUGUCGUCGUUGUCCAGGCGGCCAUGUUGGGCGCAAUCUUGAACAAUUUGCUCCUGAUGAUGGGAAUUGCCAUCUUCGUGGGAGGUAUAUACAACCACCAGCAGAAGCUGAAAAAGGAAACAACCCAGACCAGCGUCAACAUCCUGAUGAUCACUUGUAUUGCUUAUGUGGUCCCCAUCGGCCUCGAAUCGACCCUACUUCAAGUCUACAAGAAUAUCUCGCCAGCUGGUGCCGAUCAGACCGCGAUCCGCCUUAUAGUCGAGGCUGAUAUUCUGAAGCUCUCCAAAAUCAUGUCGGUCAUCCUCCUGAUUGUGUAUCUGUCCUGUCUGUUCUUCCAGUUCCACCACGAAACGUUUAUGAUCACGCCCGAAGCCAAGCAUGAGGGCUCCCAUACACUCGAGCGCCGCUACGCUCAUUUCUGGUUCGCAGGCCUGGCUUAUGUAGCCUCAAUGGCAGCUCAAAUCUACUCGGCUAACUUGCUUGUUCACGCAGUCGAAGGACUCGGACGACUGCACCACCUCAACGACUCCUUCGUGGGAUUUGUCCUGCUUCCGAUUGUGCUGAUCGCAGACUUGCAGGAAGAGGUCAUCGCAAUUCGAGAGUCAAAGGCAAAUCGACUGGAUAGGUCCGUAGCCCUCAUGGUCGGCUCCUGCAUGCAGAUCGCACUACUAGUCACGCCCAUAUUGGUAAUCCUGGGCUGGGUCAUGGACGUGCCUAUGACGUUCAAGUUCACUAUCCUUGAGGUCGUUAUCUUGGCAACCUCAGUCUUGCUGAUCAACUAUUUGAUUCAGGAUCAUGAAACCAAUUGGUUGGAGGGCGUCAUGUUGCUGGCGGUCUUCAUCAUGUGUGCUAUCGCGUUCUUCUACGACGAUUCGCACGUUGAACUCAUCUCCGGCGAGGGAACCACCAUCAGUGGGGAUGGUGUCGGUGGAGCGCCAGCAGCACUACACUAA